AUGGUCACCAAGCCGCUGCCCGGCGACCCCCAGACCGCUGCGGCCCCCGCACCGCGACCGAACGAUGCCCCGCGAGAUGGCUGGGACGACCCGCUCAACGACAACACCUGGGAAGACGUCGGCCCCCGAGCCGACGCUGUAGAUGCACAUGUCAGCAGGCGACAUGACGUUCCGGCGGCCCUGCGUCCCGGCCAGGGCCCGCUGAGCGCCGCCGCCGAUGACGACGACGGCAAUGUCUGGGACGAGGCGCGCAGCCAGCAACCAAGCGACGCAGACAGGUUGGCACAGGUCCCCGACGCUCUCAAGCCCGGCGGCGGCGCCAACCGUCUCGAGACGAAUCCGUUCCUCAAGAGGAAACCUGUCCCGCAAACCCAAGACGAGCCCUCUGGAUCCUCACCAACGCCACCAACCGACUCCUUCGCCCGGCUGGACCUCGACUCGGGAGAUCAGGCCAGCAAUCCCUGGCACGCCACCGCCGAGUCCCAUUCGCAAAAGGCGUCGAGCGGGCGGCAGACGCCCCAGAGGCAGCCAGUGCUUCUCGAUGACGACAACGACCCCUGGACUGCGAGCGAACCUCCGCCGCCCCAGCCACCGGCGAAGCAAUCGCCGGCACUGCUGUCGCUGCCUUCAGACGAAGGGUCUGCCUGGAACGACGAUGUCCGCCCCGAAAAGGCCAAGAUUGUGAUUGAGCCCCCGACUCCGGCGCCUGCAGCCGCCAUGUCCAAUGACCUCCUGGAAGAACCGAAUGUUUGGGACGACCUUGGCUCCCUGGACAAGGGCAAGUCCAAGGCCGCAGCCGCGUCGCCAAACCAGCAGGCCCAGCUGGAUGACUGGAACCUGAUCGAUGUCGACUCGUCAUCCGACCAGCCGAAACAACCUGAACAAAUAGAGGACACCGCGGACACGGGCGAGAAGCCCCCAUUGCCACCGAGGGACAGCGAGCGGCCGCGCUGGGUUCCCUCCAGAGAGCCCGUGGACGGCAAAUCAGAGACAUACCAAGUCAAGAACAUCCGGUGGCACGACGAUACCUCGGCCAAGAACCCACGGACGUCGCCCAUCUUGAUACAGAACAAGAAUGGGCCGUGUCCGCUGGUCGCCCUGGUCAACGCCCUGACCCUGACCACGCCCGCUGACAUCCCGGAUACGGCCCUGGUGCAGGUGCUGCGGUCGAGGGAGCAGAUCAGCCUGAACCUGUUGCUGGACGCCGUCUUCGACGAGCUCAUGUCGCCGCGGCGGACCAGCUCCGAGGAUGCGCUGCCCGAUGUGGGCGACCUGUACGGCUUCUUGCAGAGCCUGCACACGGGCAUGAACGUCAACCCGCGCUUCAUCCCAACGCCCGAGAUGGUGACUGCGUAUAAGCGCACGUCGCUCACGCACUUGCAUCCGACGGAGCGUGGCGAGCUGAUUCCGGGCACCUUUGAGAACACGGCCGAGAUGAGCCUGUAUGCGACCUUCUCCAUCCCUCUCAUUCACGGGUGGCUCGCUGCACGCUCGGAGCCCGUGUACGAGGCGCUGGAGCGGCAGGCGGCGUCGUACGAGGAGGUGCAGAACCUCUUGUUCCGCGAAGAGGAGCUCGAGGACAAGCUGUCCAACUCCGAGGCCGGACUGACCGAGGCGGAGCAGCAGCUAUACCAGGACAUUGUCACCAUCAAGAUCUUCCUGCACGAGUCGGCGACGCAGCUCACGCCGUGGGGGAUCGAGGUGAUUGGCAAGGCCAUGCGACCAGGCACGUUUGCCAUACUGUUCCGGAAUGACCACUUUAGCACGCUCUACUGCCACCCGCACACGAUGCAGCUGCUGAGUCUGGUGACGGACGCGGGCUACGGCAGCCACGACGAGGUAGUCUGGGAGAGCCUGGUGGACGUGAACGGCGAGCAGACGGAGUACCUGUCUGGGGACUUCAGGGUGGUUGGGGGCGGCGGCACCGUUGCCGGCAGCUCCAGCGGCGCCACGGCAGACCAUGGAGGCGAAUGGACGACGGUGCAGGGGAGGCGAGGCAAGGCGCCGCAACACGAGGACGAGGCGCCGAUGAGCCCCCAGCACGAGCAGGAAGACCGCGACCUCGCGCUGGCGUUGCAGCUGCAGGAAGAGGAGGACCAGCGCCACCGCGAGGAGCAGGCGCGUCGGCGGAGGGAGAGCAUACUCUCUGAACAGUACAUCGAACAGCAGGGCCAGCGGCCGGGGCCCGUCAGCCGAGGCCACCGGCGCACCCAGUCGGGGGCCGGGACGGGCAUCGCACCGGAGCGACGGAGCUCUAACAGCGUCAACGUUCCGGUGCUGUCGGCGUCGCACUCUCAGCCGCGACUCUCGGUCAACACGACGCCGGCGGUGGCGCAGCAGGUGCGGCCGCUGGUGCCCCCGCGGCGGCAGGCCGUGUCGCGGGCGGCAGACGCCGAGGGCGAUGACGCGCCACCGUCGUACGAGCAGGCGGCGCACGACAGAGCGUUUGUGCCGCCGGCAGGGCACCCGAGCCACGCGGGGAGCAGCCCGGUGGCGUCGCGGCAGACGUCGAGGACGAGCUCCACCGGCCAGGCGCCACAGCAGCAGCAGCAGCAACAGCAGCAGCGCCCGAUGGGCAUGGGGUCUCCGGCCACGGGGAGGCGGGUGCCGGUGAGCUCGGGGCCGCCGCCGGCGGUGCACCAGGGCCGUGACCGGGACUGCGUGGUGAUGUGA